GAGCGCGCGCACGUGAGAUUUGCAGCAGCCCAGCAACUCUGCAACCGAGCGGCACGAGCGACACCGGACGUGGGGAUCUCGGCCUGGAGCGGGGCCGGGGGGCGUCUCCGCAGGCAGCGCCUCCGCCUCUGCCGCCAUUUCCCUCUCUACCCGAGCCGUUGAUGAACGGAUCUGCCCACAGGGCGCGCUUCUUGGACAGGAAAUGAAACUGAGCCGAGUUCCUUUGAAGGCCGUACCGAGGCAAAAGAAUGGGACGUCGGAAAAUAGAUCCGGCCAAGAACUAGCGCCUUUGCUGGGAGUUCCGAUGUUAUAAGGAUGGGGGCGGUGGACUGCCAUUGCCACAUCGCGGCGCCUGAGUUCCAAGAGGACAUUAAAGAUGUAUUGGAAGAAGCAAAGCAGGCUAAAGUUUUAGCCCUGGUGGUAGUUGCUGAACAUUCAGGAGAGUUUGAAAGAAUUAUUCAGCUUUCAGAAAGGUAUCCCGGAUUUGUCUUUUCAUGUCUGGGUGUUCAUCCAGUACAGAGAACACCAACAGGACAUGAGCGCAGUGUUACUUUAAAGGAUCUGGAUGAAGCACUGCCACUCAUAGAACUCUAUAAGGACCGCUUGUUGGCCAUUGGAGAGGUUGGUCUGGAUUUCACUCCUAGGUUUGCCAGCACUGAUGAACAGAAGGAAGAGCAGAGACACGUCUUGAUCAAACAGAUUCAGCUAGCAAAACAACUUCAUCUGCCUUUGAAUGUCCACUCCCGCUCAGCUGGAAGGCCAACCAUUAAGCUCUUAAAGGAGCAAGGUGCUGAGAGAGUGUUGCUCCAUGCAUUCGAUGGCAGGCAUUCAGUAGCCAUGGAAGGGGUGAAUGCUGGAUAUUUUUUCUCCAUCCCUCCUUCCAUUAUAAGGAGUGAACAGAAGCUUGUGAAACAGCUUCCUCUAGAAUGCAUUUGCUUAGAAACAGACUCUCCUGCACUAGGUCCUGAGAAACAGAUGAGAAAUGAACCAAAGAAUAUCUUCAUUGCUGCGGAACACAUUGCUAAAAUUAAAGGAAUUUCAGUAGAAGAAGUUCUAGAAAGGACAACACAGAAUGCUCUGAAACUCUUCCCCAAACUGAAAAGCGUUCUCCAGAAAUAGCUUAUGUGCUACAGUCAAAAGCAGACAAUAUUCUUGUAAAAUGAAUCAGAUGUAGAUCUAAGUUAUUAUUUCAUGUUAUGUAGUUUCAAGUAAUAAUCUGUCUUGAUUCUUCAGUGGAACAAUUUAAUUAAAUACAGAAUUAUUUUAAUCUUUUCUGUUGUCUAGCAUUAUUUAGCUUUUCCUAAAUAAUGCCUGUAUAAUAUGCUCCGUAUUUAAUGUCUAUGUAUAUUAAUCUGGUUAGCGUCUAAUGAAAGUGCAAUUUGGGAUCAAG